AUGGAGGAAAAAACGCCUCGAAAACUGUCCGCCGAGACACCGGCCGAAAAACACGUCCGUGUUAAAAUCGAUCUCGGUAAAACUGUUGAUGAUAAUAGAUUUGCUCGGGGAUUCAUUCGGAAUCUGAAAACGGUCAAACGGGCGUUCGCGGGAAAACAGUACUCGUGCGCCUAUAUUCCGUUCGCGCGGAUUUCUUCGGCCGUCGUUGACGUCGUGGUCGUGGCAGCAGCCGGCGCCGCCGCCGAUCCAUCAAUCCGCGAGAAUAUAUUACAAUAA